AUGAGAGCUCUCAAAGUUAUCUAUUUUAGACCAAAGGUAAAGGUCCAGUUAUCUACAUCCAAGCUCUUAAUAUAUAUCCAAAAAAGGUCUACUAAAUCAAAAAGAAGUAAAACUCAUAAAUUAUACUAUAUUAUGGCUAAGUUAUUGGCUUCUAUUUCAAUAGCUACUGCUUAUUAUAUUUCUAUUUCUGAUUAUUUCUCUCCUAUCCUCUUAAGAUCCUGAUUAUUUUUGUUGUGCUAUCGCCCUAUAGUUCUUUCAUGCCUAAUUUUUUUACAUUUGCGAUUUUUCAUACAAAAUCAAGUUUUUGAAAAUUUCGCUGAUUUAAUCAAGCAAAAGCUACAUGAAAAUACCUUAUAUGGAGUUUCAAGGCAGCCAUAA